AUGAGGGACGAUGGAAACUCAAAGAAAAGCAAGAGCAAAGAUGGCGAUUUUUGCGCCGAUGGCAACGUUUAUGAAGGUUCUGAUAAAGAAUGCAAUAACAAUCAUGCAUGCAAUAACAUCAAGAAAAGCAAAAAAGAGAAAUUACGACAUCGAAUUCAUGACCGUGAGACACGAAAUAACCCUAAACUGGAUUCAUCUCAAACUACAGAGGUUCAAAAUUACAGGAUUUUCGUGGCGACAUGGAAUGUCGGUGGUAAAUCCCCUCCGAGCCAUUUGAACCUCGAGGAGUGGCUUCACACUUCGCCUCUAGCCGAUGUUUAUGUUCUCGGAUUUCAAGAAAUUGUCCCGUUAAACGCUGGGAAUGUCCUCGGCGCAGAAGAUAACGGCCCUGCAAGAAAAUGGCAUGCCCUUGUAAGAAAAACACUCAACACUACUUUUUCGAAAGAUGAGUUCACGGGCCCGGUUGGUUAUUAUUCUUACCCGUGCUGCCAUUCUUCGCACUCAACGAGCCGAAUGAUGGAUAGCAGAGGAAUUUGCGAUCAGACGAUUUUUGGGUCGGGCGAUUAUGGUUAUAAUUAUUGUUCCUCUGGUGAAGAAGAAGAAGAAGACAAUUUUGCCGGGAGUGAUUGUAAUCUGCCGCCACCUAUCUCCUUCGGCCAUUCUUUCUCGGCCGGUCAGUCGAGUUACUGUUUAGUGACGAGCAAGCAAAUGGUAGGGCUGUUUUUGAUGGUGUGGAUAAGGAGUGAUUUGAGUGAAAAUGUUCGCGAUUUGAGCGUAUCUUGUGUCGGUAGAGGCCUAAUGGGUUAUCUUGGUAAUAAGGGUGCAAUAUCAAUAAGCAUGUGUUUAGAGAAGACGAGCUUUUGCUUCGUUUGUAGUCAUUUGACGUCGGGUGAGAAAGAAGGUGACGAGCUCAGAAGAAACUCGGAUGUGAUGGAGAUUCUGAAGAAAACGAGGUUCCCACAAGUUCACGAUAAGGGCUCACCUUGCACGAUUCUUGAUCAUGAGUAUCUGAGAAUUGAGCAAAGGCACGGUCGAGUUUUCGCUGGUUGGAGUGAAGGAAGGAUAUAUUUUCCUCCGACUUACAAAUAUUCGAACAAUUCAGACAAAUAUGCCGGCGAGAAUAUGCGUCCUAGAGAGAAACGAAGAACUCCCGCAUGGUGUGAUCGUAUAUUGUGGCACGGAUAUGGUCUCCACCAACUGUCAUAUGUUCGUGGUGAGUCGAGGUUUUCGGAUCAUAGGCCGGUUUACAGUUUAUUCUUAGCAGAAGUCGAGUCGACUGGUUUGAAUUGUAGCAAGAAAAGCCCGAGUUACUCGAGCUCUCGGGUUUAA